AAAAAAUAAUAACUGUACAAACUGGUCGUGGCUAAUAGUGGAAGUAGACCAACCUGAUGAAGAUGCCGACGAGGAGGCGGAGGAAGAAGAAAAGAAUCAGCUGGAGCUCUCCGACCCAAUCGUUUGAUUCUUCAAGUCCUGCCCUCGCACCAAAGACCCACCUGUCCCCGGUCGAUUUACCCUUCAGAGCAACCGCCGCACACAGUGUCCGCUCGCCCCAGACUUAUACUCCUACGACGAUGAAGACCCCGAAACCGUCUCCACCGUGGAAGAAACCCAGCCGGUGGGUGGUACUAGCAAAUGCUCCGAUUCAAGUCCUUUACCGGAGGGAGUCGUCUGAGAAAUAAUUCGAAUUGCGAGGACUUUGCCGUGAAC